CGCGAAGCUAGGCAAGAGUGUUGCCGUAAUGGAGGAACACUACGCAACCGAACAUGAGAAGCGUGAGCAGAAAGCAAGGAGGAAGUUAGAGAAGGAGGAAGCUCAACGACGUGAGGCAGAGAAAGCUGCACGCUUGGAGGAAGAGUGCAUCGCUGCGGAAAGGAAGACAUGGAAACAAACACAGAAGAAGAUGAUUGAUGAAGAGAGACGCGCGGAGUUACAGAAGGACCUACAGAUUCAGCUUGCUAUGCACGUCGGCGAUCUGGAGGAUCGUCUCGUUCAGCGGUUACAUCAAGUUGUAGCUGCGCCUACAAGACUCAUACGAGGCAAGAAGAAGGUGACUUACCAAUCGGAUGUCGACGAGUCUUCCUCCAGCCAGGGUGAUGGCAGCGAUACUAGCGUCACACAACAGCUCAGCGCUUGCGCCGAGCGAUUGGCUAUUUCGGAGAAGAGGAAACGGGGCCCCGAGCCUGUGUUCGAGGAUCCGAGCCCACCUAUGGAGCAACCUGCCAAGCGCACCCCUAAACGAGGCAUCUUGAAACCAGUUAAAUUGACUAGACGUCUGACUCGAUCGAAGUCAAAGAAGGGCGGAGGAGGACUUACGCCUACGUCAGCCUCCAAGAAAAUCGCCACUCCAUUGUCCAAGAAACGCACGCCGGCGAAGAGGAGGACGCCGACUCUGAUGCCGCAUUCGAAGGCUACACUGGAACGCUUGCGCUACCGGGACAAUGCCCUACGCGAGUUGAAGGAUCUCGACGCCACGGAACUACAACGGAUUUGCCGUAAGGAGGAUAUUCACUACGAUAAGAAGAUUGAAGCGAUAUUCGACAUAGCCGAUCACAGGACCGAGCGGGCCUUCGCCACUGCACUGGCCAGAGUCGAACGUAUCGCGAUCUCGGACGAUACGAAAGCUGAGCAGGAAGAUGCACCUGCGAACGAUGGGUGAAGACCGUUAUCAAUACCGCAGCUCUGUAAGGUUUGUCGUUUUCUUUCUCAUCUUCGAUGCGAGUCCACGAAAGUAGACAAGUGUGAUGAGAAACUGCUUCGUCUAGCCUUUUUCUUGCUAGUUGUUUAAAAGUAGAUCCGUUGGGCUAACAAAUUCCUUGAUUGCUG